UUGUCGAAAAGAAAGGAUGAGUUGGUUGGUAUUUGUUUUUGUUGUUGGCUGUGCGAUCACUCAUCUCACCUCUUCUCAUCAACGCUGCGAAAGACAAUGGAGCUGACACCCCAGCAGCUGAGCCAAUACAACGGCACGGACCCAUCGAAGCCGAUCUACGUGGCGGUGAAGGGCCGCGUCUACGACGUCACCACCGGAAAAUCCUUUUACGGCCCCGGCGGCCCCUACGCCAUGUUCGCCGGCAAAGACGCCAGCAGAGCCCUGGCGAAGAUGAGCAAGAACGACGACGACAUCUCCCCCUCCCUCGACGGCCUCUCCGACAAGGAGAUCGGCGUUCUCAACGACUGGGAGAACAAAUUCCAAGCUAAGUACCCUGUCGUUGCUCGUGUUCUCAAUUAAUCAUAUGAUAACCUAAGUGUAUUUUGUACUCUAUCAUGUGAGUGGCAUGAUCUCUUUCUGUAACCGAACUCAAUCACCCUUUAAUCCCUAAUAAUAUUAAUAAAAUUCCUCUAUCCAAAUUCUGGAUACGGGAUUGGAUUUCUCUUUCAUGCA